AUGGAUGGAGUACCGGGUGUUCCUAUAGUGCCGGGCGGCAAUUUUACCUAUCGAUUCUCCGCUGCAUCCGAAUAUGGCUUUUUCUGGUAUUAUUCCUACUUCCGAGCUUAUUAUAACGACGCUAUUCGUGGCCCCCUCCUUAUUCGACCGUCCGCCUCGCCACUCCUGGCCGCCGAAAGAGAUGCGGCAAAUAUUCUCCUAAAUGACUGGACUUACGAACUCUCGGAUGCCAUAUUCUCGCGGUAUAAUAGCACGGGUGCGUUCCUAUCGUGUGUCGAUAGAAGGUCUGAAACCCUGACUUCGGCAGCCGGGCGAUCGAUAUCUAUGGCUAUGGCGCUACGAAUGGGAAGUCUGAGCCUACGUGGCUGUAUGCCGCCUAUGAUGUUUAAGCCGGGGUUUGAUAUUGCCCUACGGGUCUCUCUAGAUGGACACUCGAUGUUCGUAUACGCUGCUGACGGCCUCUAUACUAAUAUGCAGAAAGUUAAUCGGUACUCCGUUAUGGUUAAGCUCAAUCGGGCGCCUGGGGAGUACUAUCUUAGAUUCGGACGGGCGAUUGUCUGGUAUAAUACUACCAAGGCCUCAAAUAAUAACGUAGAAGAUUUGGUUAGCGACUCGAUGUAUGUUAACGGAUCAGCCAAAUCAGGCGCCGCUUUGCUUGAUGCUUUAGCGCUCACUCCGUUCGAGAAUAAUCUCUCGCCGCCGUCGGGUCUAGCCGAUAAGACCUUGUCCUUUAUGGUGAAUCAAACGGAUAUUCUGAGCUGGGUAAUCGAUCGCGCACCGUUUGAGGAACCCUCUAUCCCUAUUAUCUACGGUAAUAUCUCUUUAGGCUGGGAUUCAGUCACGACGAGAUACUUACCGAUUAACUUAACUAUUGACAUCGUCAUGGGUAUAUUAAACCAGUCUUUGGAUAAGAUGGGCCAUCCAAUAUAUCUUCAUGGCUAUAAGUUCUGGGUCCUUGGUUCUGGUGUGGGGACUUUCCUAUACGCUACGAUCGCGGAUGCCCCAGCGGAUAUUCUUAACCUUAAGAACCCUCUAUAUCGUGAUACGACUGGUCUCCCUUCGCAGGGCUGGGUUGUGAUUCGGUAUGUAACUGAUAAUCCGGGUGCUUGGAUCUUCUAUUGCCAUCUCUAG